GUUUGAGGCACCAUAAUUGUUUAAUGCCGCAGCCGUUCAGAGUUUCGGCCGAAGUCUGGCUGACUGGGCCGCGCAUCAGUACCGGGUGGUUACUGGGAUGUGAGGUAGUUGUGCGAGAUACCAUGGCUCGGUGGAGGGCACUGUCGCCCGACAGCGCCGACCAGCCUGUCCUGGUCGUCCAAAGCUUCAUCCACUUUCCACUUAGACAAACUCGGGGACGACUCUCACUGAUGCUGCUGGAUUCGCGGAGGCACGGGGAGCAGGGAUGGGUGGAUGGGAGCAUGAGAAGGUCUCUGUCCGCGAAUAUCAUCCCACCCAUCAAUAGACCAGUGAUGUUUUGAUUGGUAUAGUUGAACCCACCCGGAGACUGCUAACAAAAAGUUGCAGUUCUUCACGACCCAGUCUCGGUAUUUGUAAUUCUCAUCCGCCAUGGGCAGGCGACGGGCGCUGGUGCCGUCCUCGCCUGCCUCCAGCCAUUUGCCAGCCUAAAUGUCGGCACAGCUAGGAUGCUGAUGGCGCUAUGACUGUCUUUCCUGAGCGAUCAAAUGAUAAAAUAUUAGCAACCAACACAACACGUCUGUUAAGCAAGCGUGUGGGGACCGCGUCGUUGCGCGCCGUUGCUCUGGCUAUUGACGUUAUGGAUGGUAAGAGAUGAGGAGAAAGCGAGUGGCAGUCGUUGAGUCAUCGCGGAGAACAUGCUGUAUCUCUUUAAGGGGGCUUUGUAUCAUGCUUGGCAUUUGAAGGGAGUCGUAUGACAAAAACAAAUUGAAGAUCUUGUUUUAGAAUCGUGCACCAAACAUCAGAUUGUAUCGCCUCCGACAGCCUGGUUUGGUGGUACGAGAAGGGGUGGUGGGCAGGGUGAGUGACAGGGCGAGAUCGACUUACCCAAUACUCAAGGCUCGUUUAGUUCAUUAGACGCUCCAGUUUGAUAAAGCUCCUAUUUUUUUCAUACGUGUCAGACAUUUUUAGGGGCCUCCUUCGUUACACACCAUUCGUAAUAUGCCAGAAGAGUACGAUUUUGUGAUUAGUCAAACAUGAGGUGAAAAAUUUUCUUCCUUGAUGCGGAGAAGAUUUCUUCCCAUGUGUACUGGCCACAUGACGGUCUUGAAACAUGAUGGUGAUUCCAUGAACUUCAGCGUGGUGUAAAAUAAUCGGCUAUUUUCGCACCAUUUUUUCUAGGUUUCUUACUCACUGCCGUUCAAAGGCGAGAAAGCCUAAGUGUUAUUUUACCUAAUGACGCUCAGCCCUUUUUGCCUUCAGGCGGGAGCAUUGUUUUUAAACGCUUGUUUGCUGUUAGACUUCAUCCUGGCAGAAGUGUAUGUGGCAUUCAAGCACAAUCCUAUAAAAAAAUCGAGCACUUAACCGAGUUAUCAAAAAUGACUACGGCUCUUGAGGUAGAGCUCCUCUCACCAAUCACAUUUGAGAUAAACCCUUAUUUUGCUAGGUGAAUUUGCGCAUGGGUUUUUAUUGUUUCUUUGUCUUUUUGUACAUUUGGCAAGGUAGCAAUUUCCAAGGUUUGAACUGGUCAUUGGUGUAUGCAAUAAAAUUCACACAUAUAUGCUGAGCUCCUAAGGGCACUGCACAUCAAGCUUGAUUACACUGCUAUCCUGACGAAUAUGUCUGCAUCCGAUCCAUACAGGUUAGCUCGGUGAUCCGCAGCACAAGCAAGGCGGCGGCGCGGCCCGCAUCACCGACCACCAAGAGUCAUGACUCGGCCGCAGGCGCCGCUCCUAUGAUGAUGCCCCCGGGUCUCCAGCACAUGCAGCAGCUUAUCCAGCAACACCUCAGCCCGGCCCAGUUCCAGAAUUUUUUCCAGCAGCAGGGGCUCCUCGUGCAACAGCAGCACCACCAGCUGGCCGAGCUGAACAAGAAACAGACCGAGGACGCUGUGCGGCAGCUUCAGGAGCAGCUCCAGAUAACCAUGUACCAGCAGAACCAGGUGGCGCACGACAAGGGCAAGUCCGCGGCGCUGUCGCUGCACCACUCGCACCUGAUGCAGCAGAUGCAGAUGCUGCAGCAGCGGUAUCUGCUGCACCAGGCCGGCAUGGGACAGCCGGUGACGUCCACAGGCCUGGCCACCAGCGAGCCGACGGCGGCGGCGCACUGGGACAAGACGAGCGACCGGCGCUCCGACGGCUCGUCGCCGCCGUACAGCACCAGCCGCUCGCCGCCUCCGCUGCAGCCGCUUAGCGCCGCCAACGGCCUGCUCCCGGCCCUCACCAACGGCCGCUGGGACGGCCGCAACGGCGGCGACGACGAGCGGCACGCGUCGGCCGCCGACGACGACGAGGCGGCCGCCAAGACGGGCCCGCUCUUCUCCAACGGCAUCUGCAACUGGCCCGGCUGCGAGACUUCGUGCCCAGACCGGCCGGCCUUCGUCAAGCACCUGAAUACAGAGCACCGGCUUGAUGACCGAUCGACGGCGCACGUGCGCGUCCAGAUGCAGGUGGUGCAGCAGAUGGAGACCAACUUGGCCAAGGAAAAGGCACGCCUUUCGGCCAUGAUGGCGCAUCUCCACAUGACACGCGAGCGUAUGGAGGAGGUGAAGACAGACCCGCCGAUGGCGCCGAGCUUACCGCAGGUGAGCGCGGCCAUGUUCCCGACGACGACGCCGCCCAGUCAGCUGCUGUCGGGCAAUCCGUUCCUGCGCACGGCCAUGCUGCACGCACCUGCGCCGGCCAGCAUCGGGCCCAGCCGGCGCCGCGUCAACGACAAGCCCAUGACCUCCAGUCCGUACGAGGAGUCACCGGCGCAGAGGCGGCGAGCCGCCGAACGCUCCGGUCAGGACAUCACAGAAGAGCUCGGUCGUAACCGCGACUUCUACCGCAGCACGGACAUCCGGCCGCCGUUCACGUACGCCUCGCUGAUCCGCCAGGCGAUUGUGGAGUCACCGGACAAGCAGCUGACGCUGAACGAGAUCUAUAGCUGGUUCCAGAACACGUUCGCCUAUUUCCGCCGCAACGCGGCCACCUGGAAGAACGCGAUCCGCACCAACCUCUCCCUCCACAAGUGUUUCGUGAGGUAUGAAGACGACUUUGGUUCGUACUGGACGGUCGAUGAUUCCGAGUUCAUCAAGCGUCGCCAUCUGUCACGAGGCCGUCCCAGAAAACUCGAGCUCGGCCCAGCCAAGGAGCAGGCGCGCAGUCCCACGCUCUCCAGCAGUCCCACACUGUACGGGGACGCCAUCAACGCCAGCCUACAGUCGGCGUUGGCGGACUCCACGCUGCCGUUCAUGACGAACGCCGCGGACCGCCUGCGGGAGAUGCGCGAGCGGGAGGCGCCGACCCUGCUGGGCAUGCACCGGCGGUCACCGUCCCCCAGACAGUACCGGCACGCCAGCCCCAGCCCGGACCAGGACUCCCGCGGUCCAGCCAUGGACAUGUUCAGCCAGCCGCUGGUCAAGUCCGACUAUGACGCGGCGCACAGUCCCGAUCCGGACUCGCGCGACGGUGGCGCCACCCGCGAGGGAGCGGCGGCGCCCCCCAUCAGUCGCGCCGAGAACCUGAGCAUGUCGCUGAUCAAGUCUGAGUACGCGGACGGCGGCCAGACGAUGGCGGAGACGGCGACGGCAUGAGUCCGCACGCCCCACCGGCCCAGCAAUACCUGGGGCCACGCGGCGCGGCGCCUGGCGCGGCCCGUGACCAACCUGGCGCGCUCCGGUGCGGCCCGGAGGACUGCCGCCUAGCGGCGUCGAUGUGUGCUAUCGUGUGGCCAGGUCGUCAGUAGAUGGCGCCACUGCGGCGCAAGGACGCUCUCUCGCCCUCCGCUGUCUCAAAUCAAACGUAUUCUCGAGGGGCGUUCAGGUGCGUGUACAAUGUACAAUCGCCGCCACCGCUCUGUUUGGGUUAGUUGUGUUUGUCGGGUGCGCGUGCGCACCGGGGAAUGCCGCCGCGGGUUUUUGUACCUGUGUGCAUGUUGUGUACAGUUGUUCAACCUCAUCCUACGGGUUUCGUUGCGGAGAGCCACGUGUCAGCUCACCGCUUGCAGGCGCAGUUUCCUUGCGUUUUUUGUGUUACCACUCGCCUGUCAUCAGCCACCCUCCCGAAAGCCUGCCGGUACGUCUCGCUCGGAGGCCGCCCGCAGUAGCUCCCUGUCGGUACACCCAGUACAAAGCUUGCAGAGAUGCGUGUUGAUGCCAUAGGAUCUCCCGGCCAGCCCUCCGCGCGGCUGUCCGCCGCCAUGGCGGACUCCGCGCCCCACUCCAGUGCAACUCUCCAUAACUAGUGUCGUUGUGACAACCAUUUUUGUACGGCUCGACAGUGCAGAGGCGUCUUAGGACGCGAGGGCGUGAGGGCAGGGACAGCCGGGCUGACGGCUGCCGAGCUGGUAUUUUAGCAUGGUUGUUUUGGGGCCUCGACUUCGGUGGGCCGCGCUUUGAGCUUAGGAGCGGGCCGCGGCCUCGUGGCGGCUGCCGCCGGGGAUGGGGCUGAGCCCCUGGCAACGCGCGCGUUAAGGGCCGCCGGCGUAUCAGGGAUCAUAAAUCGGGUCAACUCGGCCGCCCUGUGCUGCCACCCUCCGGUCGGACAACAGUGUGUCCUCCGUUCUCCGCCGCGCCCGUAUGUUUGCGUCUGUCGUCGGUUCUGUUUCCCAGUAUGUCUGCUUGUGCCAAUGGACCUCCCGGGAGUCUCGUGCAUUUUGUGUUGACACAUUCCUUUCUCACGCCGC